AGUCUACGUCAGGAGGAGUGCAGGACCUCACUAACAUGGAUGGUGCCUCUGGAAACUCUGAGCAGCAUUAAUGAUCUCCAGGAUACGCGCUGUAUUGUACCCUGCUUGCCGUGACGCCUGCCUGUCUGAUCAGCAGUUGUUAGUGUCGGCUCGGCUGCAUCUUGCCCGAUAGAUGCGUUUGACAGGUUGUCAGCCUUGAUCAAAUCUCAGGGAAUGCUAUGGAACAGCAGCCAAUGUUACUCGCUGUGCUGAGCUAGCUAGUAUAGUCGCAUCCUCUCCGUGCGUCGUCAGGGAUAGCUUUACGCACAUUGGUGGCAUUGAACUGGUUAUUUCUUUACGAAUAGCUGCUUGCAAUGGUUAGUUAUAUUUGCGAAAUGGAAUCGUUAAUUGGAUUUAGGACAGACAUGUAUGUCACCGUCUUUGACGCUGACGAUUGCCAGCUUUCUUAGCAUUGUCUUCUUCAGUGCAGAUAAGUAGCCUACGUAGGCUUACCAACUAUCUCCACCUAACGGAGUAAACGUUUUCUGGCGGGCCUUCGGUAUAGCGUAAACCCGGGAGAAACUCGAUAAACAGCCGCUACUUGUGAAGAGUCCGAUCACCAAGCGAUGUUUGGUUACAGUAUACACUGCUGCGGAUAGCUACUGCGCUUUAAGAAUGGCUGGAUGACUUUAAAACUCUUCUGCGAGUAUGGAUCCGCUAAGUUAACCUACUCCCUGUAUGCGCCUACCUGCACCACCCAUGGGCGGCUAUUUUGUUUGUAUGGUGGACUCUUAAUGCGAGAAAUGAGUUUGAGCUAGGUCAGAGAGACAUGGUACGGUUUCGUUUGAAAAAGCCACCACCUUGUUGGCAAGACAGCAAGUUAACGGUACCGUCCAAGUCCCAUUUCCUGGGAGCGACCCAUUGACAUCAUGACAGAUUAGCGCGUUCGUCCGUCAUCAUCGGUGCCUUGGACAUGCCCAUUCUUCGAAAACACUCGUAACCCUUGCCGAGAGAGUCCAUAUUCAUGGACGUCUGCAACAAGAAUCCUAACCGGACAGCCCCAGUGACCGACGGAGAACCCAGGCGAGGAGACAUACCCCUCUGCUCCCGCACCAACGGGUGGAGUUGGCCGCCCCACCCUUUCCAGCUUCUGGCCUGGCUCUUGUACCUCUACUUCGCAGUGACGGGUUUCGGGGUGUUCGUCCCUCUGCUACCCACCCAUUGGAUUCCAGCCGGAUACAUUUGCACGGGCAUCACAUUUGUCUGUCACCUGUUUGUGCAUCUGGCGGCGGUGUCCAUCGACCCAGCUGAUUACAAUGUCCGAGCGAAGAGCUACAAGGGGCCAGUGCCGGUGUUUGAUCGGACGAAACAUGCUCAUGUCAUUGAGAACUGUCACUGCUACCUCUGUGAGGUGGACGUAGGGCCAAAAUCAAAACACUGCAGUGCCUGUAACAAAUGUGUGGCCAGCUUUGAUCACCAUUGCAGAUGGCUCAACAAUUGUGUGGGUAGCCGAAAUUACUGGCUUUUCCUUAACAGUGUAAUAUCGGCUCUGACUGGUAUUACGUUGGUGGUAAUCAUCGCCAGUUAUGUGUUCAUCGAAUUCUUUUUGGACCCCUCUAAACUGAGAACCGACAAACACUUCCAAGUGAAGAAUGAGUCAGCGGUGUGGUUCGUGUUCCUGCCGGUGGCUCCCGUGUCCACGGCGGGGGCGGCCAUCCCCGCCCUGGCUGGCAUCACCGUUGCCUUAGGCCUGCUCUCCGCCCUGCUCCUGGGACAUCUGCUCUGUUUCCACGUCUAUCUCAUGUGGAAUAGGCUCAGCACAUAUGAAUACAUCGUGCGUCAGCGGCAUCGUCAGGAGGCAACCGACUCAAACAAAGCCUGCUCCGUCAAUGACUCAGGGCCGGCACAGAUGAACAUAAUGAAGGACAUGAGUUUCUCUGGGACUCUUGGCUACACCAACCCUGAGAUGGACGUGGAGGACCACACCACUAUGUCAUCUCGAGAUGGAGCAGCAGAGUACUAUGGCAACGGACGGGUGAGGAGUUCCCCCAGCCGGAUGGUGGACAUCGAGUCCCUUCCCCCUGACGCAGUAGAGCACAAACAGCCCCCUCGUCCCCACAAACAGAAGAAAAAGAAGAAGGUGCGGAAGAUCCCCGCUGAGGUAAUCAACGACCGAUCUUCUGAGAACGGCGGUAGCAGCUCUUCCCGAGUGCUGCCACACAGCUCGGGAGAACAGGAGCCCUCCGUAGCGGCGUCCACAGUGGCAUCCUCCAUGAGCCAACGCCUCCCCUUCCCAGCAUUCCCCCUACGCGCGUCCUUACCCCCGCUGAUCCCCGUGCUGGCCGCAGGCCCCCCCGCUGAGUAUCACUCUGACUCCGCAGAGUCGCUGGAGGAGAUCCCUGUGGCUUUGGCGAGACUCGGUAGCGCCGCCCUGGCUUCCACCUCCAGUAGCACCUCCACUGCUACCAACAUCCCGCCCUCGUCCUCCCAGCAUGCCUUGCUGCUUCCCUCAGCCUCCGUCUCCAGCGCCCAGACCACGCCCUCUCCGCAGCCCAGGACGAAGAGGAGGGCGGGGGCGUCCCGCAAGCAGCAGGCGGUGGCGACGGAGCAACAGCGUUUCGAUUUGGCGGCGGCACACACGCCCUCUGUGUUCGUGACAAGAGGCAGCGGAGAGCCCACGCCGCGGCCGCGACACCUGCCCAAGAUGGAGGACAGCACGGCGGUCGGGAAACGCAAGCACAACAGCAAGAGGAGCCUGGAAGAGUCGCGGCUCCCGAGCUCUCGGACUGGGACCCCCCUGGCCUAGCAAAGACUCGGCCUUCCUUUCCUCCCACCGUGCCCUACCUUACCUCCUGUGGUGGGCAGAGAUACAGGUUAUUUCUCAACGUGAAGUGUCCUAGCCUUGCCUCCCCAAGGAGUAUCAAAUUAUUAAUUACACUUGGAUUACACUCCACAAAAAAUGGGCGUUAUUCGUCCUAGCAAGGCUGGGACACCUCACUCUGAGAAAUACCCACAGACUGCCCCCAGCUCCUGCCCCCAGAGGGAGGUCAGCUACAGUUGUUCAAGCUAGUGGAGUGGACAACACUGUCUGUGCCAGCUGUUGCACUUGACUUGUAUAAACUUGGGAUUUUUUGACACACCUCAGCUGGCUGGUGCAUCGGAGAGGGCCCUUGGGUCACUCAGCAGACUAUUUGAAAAAACUCCCGCGCACACUGACCAUUUCGUUGUUUUUCUUUAAUGAACGUUUCGGUCCUAGCCCUUCAUCAUUUGCCUGAUGAAGGUCUAGGACUGAAACGUCGUUCAUUAAAGAAAAACAGCGAAAUGGUAGGUGUGCAGGAGUUUUUUCAAAUAGCACUUGACUAGUAAACAUUCAGACAGCACCUAUGCAAACACUACUACAGGGCAGGAGGGUGGACGGCGAGUGUCACUGAGUGUGUUGGGUGUUUUUCAGCUGAGGCCUCUCUUGUCUGUGCUUUGCGCACUACAGGACAGUACGUCUGAUCGAGAUUAACCACUACAAUCAUUACCACAUGAAAAGAUAAUCACGGGCACUUAUAGGUUGUCAAUAUGUGCAUUUUUUAUUACUAGUGCUAUUCUAUAGCUCUGCACAAGUUUGUUUUCCAAAUGACUAUGUUAUUUUUAAAAUAUUUAUUCAUAUUUAAUGUUGAAUGCCAAAGGAUAUACUGCACAAUAUUUUUUGUUUUAAAUGUAUUUUUAUUUCUUUCUAUACACUACCAUGCUACCUUAAAUCAUUUUAUUUUUCAAUCAGUGUUUUUCAUAUCUGCAUUUUCAAGGCUUUUUGUGUGACAUUAUAGAAAACUAUGCGGUACAGAAAUUCCCUGUUUGUCAUUUCGGUGGAUAUGUAGAAGUUAAACAAGUUAUCUUCACCGACAGCCAAGGUGACAAAAUCACUCUCUGUGGUGUUGGUUUUUAAAAUGGGUCUUCAGGAUGGAAGAAAAAAGACUGUUGUUUAUCCAACCAUUUUAUAGCUUUGACAUCUUUAAACCUCAUCACAUUUUUUACUCCUCACAAAAUCCAACAAUAAAACCAUAAGUUGGUGUAGCAUU